UUGGCACUUUUAACUAGCAAAUCCCUCCUACCCUGAUCUAUUAGUCACUCAUUACUCAGACAACAAAAGAGAGAAAUAAUAUUCCCAGUGCAGAGAUGGCAUCCAUGACCAUGACUGCCUCAUUCUCAGUUGUGACCAAGCUUCCAGCUUCCACCUCUGCUCGCCGGCCAGGCCUCAUUGUGGCCAAAGCUUCAACAGUCACAGAUGCAGAAAAAGCCAACUUGGAAUUCAAGCACAACAGCAAGGAAGAGAGUAGCAGUGGGAGGAGGGACUUGGUCUUUGCUGCUGCUGCAGCUGCAGCAUUCUCUGUCGCCAAGCUUGCCAUUGCUGAAGAGCCAAAGCGGGGUACCCCAGAAGCCAAGAAGAAGUACGCACCUGUUUGUGUCACUAUGCCUACUGCACGUAUCUGUCGCAAGUGAGGCUAGCCGUUUGAUAAAUUUCCUUGAAUUGUUGUUUAUGGUUAGUCCGAGGGAAAUGUAAAAGAUGUAACUCUAUGCAUAUUUGUAUCAUUUUCAUUGGAAAUGGUCCUCUGACUUCAUUUUAA